AAAACUACCUUAUUUAACAACAUCAAUUAUAAAAGAAGAACCACCAAAUUCGACAAUACUAACGAUGAAAAAAAAACCUCUGACUUCAACAAAACAAACCAACGAUGAAAGAAGAACCUCUGAAUUUGAUAACACCAACAAUGAAAGAAAACUUCUGAAUUUGAUGACACUAUUAACAAAAGAAGAACCACCUUAUUCAACAAAACUAACUACAAAAAAACAACAAACCUCCAAAUUCGAUGAUACUAACAAUGAAAAUUCAACAACACCGACGAAAGAAAAACCUCCGAAUUCGAUGACAUCACUGACGAAAGAAAAACCUCCUAAUUUGAUGACAUUAUAA